AAAGAAAAUGGCCCCGUGCCCUAGAUCCUUGUAUCGUCCUCCUAACGUAUCACAUCAUCUGCCGCCGCCCCACCGACUCCUGCCCAUUCGACCUCACCAGGUCCUCCCCGUCGCCGACUCCUACCAGUUGCCAUCUCUCCCCGUCGCCGGUUCUGUUCUUCGCCGCCUCCUGGCCAAGACCGGCUCCUGCCCCCUCCCCGCCUCCUAGCGGUCGCUGCCUCCUGCCCAUUUCAGAUGCCGCGCACGAUGAAGGUGGAGAGCCCCGGGUGCCCUCCGCUCAGAGCCCUGACCUUCGACGAACUUGGUCUAAUUAAAGUCGUCGAAGCUAGAGGAGGGAGUCAUGGAAGCGAUCCUAAAGUGGUUGAACGGUGGGGCGAGCCAGAGCCUUCAAGAUGUGUCCUUGCUGCUUCUAUUGAUGACCGGAAGUCUAAUCCGUUGUUGGCAGUUGCCAGGAAAUGUGGUACGGUUGAGAUUCUCAAUCCUCUUAAGGGCGAUGUCCGUGCGGCAAUUUCUGAUGUUGCUCAUGAUGGCGUUAAACCUGAAGAUGAUCCCAUUGUCGGGUUGCAUCUCUUCAAAAGUGAGGGAUCAGAUAGAACAUCGGGGUCAUGCAUUGUCUUAACGUGUACUACCAAAGGGAAUGCUCGUAUAAGACACUGUGCCUUUUCCAGUUCACCUGAUGAUUCUGCCUCUACUGACACUGCCACUUUAUGGAAGGUCUGUGGUGCUGGAAAUGUACUCUGUUCUAAAGUUGAUGCUAGUGAAAGUUAUGCCGUAUUUGGAGGGAAAGGAGUUGAAGUUAAUGUUUGGGAUAUUCGCAAGGGUACCAAGAUCUGGAAUGCUAAACCUCCUCCUAAAAACAACCUUGGUAUUUUUACCCCAACAUGGUUUACCUCUGCAACAUUCCUGUGCAAAGAUGAUCAUCGCAAAAUUGUUGCUGGCACCAACAGCCAUCAGGUUCGCCUUUAUGAUAUUUCUGCUCAGCGAAGACCUGUCAUAUCGUUUGAUUUCCGGGAAACUGCUAUUAAAGCUGUGUGUGAAGAUUUGGAUGGUUAUACAGUAUAUUUGGGAAAUGGUACUGGGGAUCUUGCCUCUUUUGACAUGCGGACAGGAAAAAUGUUGGGAAGCUUUUUGGGAAAGUGUUCUGGUAGCAUUCGGUCAAUAGCUAGGCAUCCCAUGUUACCUGUGAUAGCGUCAUGUGGGCUCGAUAGCUAUUUACGGUUGUGGGACAUAAAGUCAAGGCAGCCCCUUUCUGCGGUUUUCCUUAAGCAGCAUCUUAAUGCUGUUGUCUUUGACUCCAAUUUUACUGAUGAAGAAGCAGCCAGCUUGAAACCUGAUCCUACUCAUGAAGCAGAGGACACAGUAGAAGAUGUACAAACUGGGGAUGUGGAGGCAGCAAAGCCCUUGAAGAAGAGGAAGAAGAAGGCUGCCAAGGAGGGCCGUAGAAAGGAGGGAGCCACGGCCAAAGAUAAUGGAGUGGACAAUUUGAAGAUGAAGAAGAAGAUGAAGAAGAAGAGGAGCGAAAUGGGUGAAGGCUUAAAUGAUCAACAAUGAGAAGAGUUAAUCCCAUUGAUGGAGGAGGCCAAUUUUUGUUGUCAAAGUAAAUUAAAUAUUGAGAAUAGACUUAUCCAAAAAAAAAAAAAAGGAGAGAAGGAAAAUAGGAAAAGUAUAAAAGAAAAAGGAAAAAGGUAUUAUUUCAAUUUGCACCACCUGGUAUCUUGAAGCCAUGAGUGUGGUGGUGUAUUUCAGUAUGUUAGAUUCCAUUCCACAGGAUGAUGGUUGGGAAUGCUGUGUCUCACCCCUCUCUUUCCUUCUUCGAUAGAUACAACUCUUAAGCAUUUGAGAUUCACUAAA